AUGAUGAUGUCUUCAAGUUCUUCAUCCACUCAACGUCCUUUGGGUCUCUCAGUUGAAGAACUUUUUGCACUUGACCGUCAAUAUCGUCGUAUUGAACAACAACAACAUUUACAACAACUUCAACAACAAGCUCAAGCAAGACAAAAUACAUUAAAUUCAAAUUUAAAUCGUCAUACAUCGCGAUCAUUAGAUGUUAUGAUUUCAAAUGAUUAUCCUAAUACAACAGCAACGGUGAGACCAUCUGUUACAACUACUAAUACUCAACAACAACAACGACCUCCACCGCUACGGUAUGAACCACUACCAUCAUUAGAAAUACAGGGACAUGGUUUUAGAAGUGGGCAGAAUGAAACAACAAACACAAAAUCAUCGUAUGACAAUUACACGGCGGGUAAACCAUAUUGGAAAGAUCGACCAGAUUACCAUACUAGACCAUCGCCACUUCAAGUCAAUUUAUUACAUCAUGCUCCUCAGCCACGUGAAGAAACACAACAUCAUUAUCAACGUUCUCAUUCUAUCGAUCAAUUAACUGAUUAUCGCCAUCGAGAUAAUGUAUUACCAUCACAAUAUACAACAAAUACCGAUCCUUAUCGAACUCUUUACGAUACAAGAACAAUCGGUAGUGCACGACAUCCGAAUGUAAUAACAAACGAUGUUAUUGAUACGACUUCACGAACUUUAUCGGCACGUACUCCUCACCAUUCUUCUGCUGGUGUAUCUUCAAAUAAUUUUGAACAAUCGAAUACCACCAACUAUGAUCCACGAAGUGUGUAUGCAAAUCGUUCUCAAUGGGGAAAUACAAGUUCUAAUGGGAAAUUAUCUUCAGCGCAAUUCGGAAAUACAAUUAUCACAGAAGAUUAUGAUGCACCACCAUCAUCAUCACAAUAUCCACGAUCACACGCAAACACAAAUGGAAGACAUCUAUUAGAGUCUAGUAUACCAUCCUCUACGGUAAAUCCAAUGUCAAAUCAUCAAUCUCACUCUCAUUAUUCCACAACUAUCUACGAUUCACCCGUCUACACCUCUGACAUACAUAAUAGUGGUGAUAAUCGUGCAUCGUGUAAAUUACGUCGUCAACACCCCAUCAAACGUGAAUCAUCACGAAAAAUCGUUGUUCGACCAGUUAUACAAAGACGUCGAGAACCAUCAGUGAGCAGUUCUUGUGAAUCACUCGAUGGAGAUAGACAAGAUCCAUCAUCGAGAACAAACAUGGCAGAUUAUCAUAACUCAUUAAAUGAUCGAACAAAUUUAGAAAAUCUUCGUCAAUCAUAUACAAACUGUGCACCAACAACGCCAACGUUUCCAGAGUCAACAGUUUCAAACCGUUUUAACAGUCAAAAACAGACCUCCGCUAGACCUCACGUUCAACUUCCAUCACAUUUGAAUGGUCUCGAUCGUCCAUCGAACUUUAACGAUGUUCUAUUGAAUGGUUCGAAUACAGUUUGUGACGAUGUUUCAGAUACAGAGAAUAGUCCUGGCCAUCGAUCUUAUCUAACAGACAAUGACGAUGAUUCUGAAGAUAGUGUAAUUGAAUUGAAUUUGUACGAACAACGUCUUCAUAUUGGAAAAUCUUACGAUACAAAUGACAUAAGUGUACAAUUAGAAGGACCAAAAAUUUUAAUACAUUGUCAUACGAUUGAGCCCACAGAUAGACGUGGUAAUUAUCGAAAACAUGAAUUUAAAACCGAAUUAUUCGUACCCGAAGUAGUGGAUGAUGAGACAAUUGUUUCAUAUUUGACCGAAGAUGGAAUUUUAAUUGUUGAAGGAAAAUAUCAUCCAUGGGCAUGGAAAGAAAUUAAAAAACAAAGAAUUUUAGAAAAACAGAGUGAGAAAAAACAACAAUCGGUACCAGCAUCAACCGAUUUACUCUUGAGACGAAGUUCAUCCAGUCCAUUAAUAUUGAAUAAUCAAAAUGAAACAAAUAAUCCAACAAGAAGUGAAGUAGAUCAAAUUUUUCAAUCAAUCUUUGCUCAUUUCGUAGGUUUGGAAAAAGAGAUGACAAAAGUCAACAAUACUCUUCAACCACCGGUAGUCCAAAUGUUACCCACAUCUGAAACAAAUAGUAAUAAAGUUCUUACACAAAAUAAUACUAAUCAUCGUUAUUUUUUGUCGUCGUCGUCGUCACACACAGAGGAUAAAAAUGAAGAAAAACCUUCAAUAAUGACAGCAACACAUGUUAACGAUGAUCAACGUAUAAAUAAUAGGGGUUAA